AUGCUUCUGGAGCGAGAGGACAGCUUCAUGUCGGAGUUCGAGGACGCCUGCAGCGCCUGGGUGGACAGCGUGAGCGACGGGACCGACUCUGACGUGGGGUCCCCCUUCUGUCAAGUCUUCUCCCCGGGGACCGACGCCUCUGACUCAGAUUUCUUCUCGGACUUCAGUGACUGCUCCUCGGACACGCUGUCUCCAUCCCUCGGUUACACCGGGAGCUUCUUCUCGGAGCCGGACGCGUCUCCUCCUCCAGCGGCGGCGGCGGGACUGAGCAGCACCGCGGACGCCAUCCUCAACAUGAUCACCGAGAUCGUCGGGAUCUGCACGGAGAUGGAGAUGGAGCAGCAGGGCGACACCACCGGCUCCCCAAGAGAGGACAGCCCGUCCCCUGCAGCUGUGUCUCCGGCCACAGCCUCCCCCUCGUCCCCGCUGCUCAGCCCGGCUCCAUGCAUCCCUUCCCCGGCUGCAGCUCAGCAGCCUCCCGCCUCCAGCUCCGCACCGGUGGUGGUGAAGAGCGAGUUUGUGAGCUCCAGCUGCAGCGGCUCGGCUCAUCCUUGCAUGACCGGGAACGAUGCUCUGUUCUCGGCCACUGUGGACUCGCUGCUCCCGCUGGCAGCUCUGGAGCAACAGGUGGAUGUGGCUGAAUUCAUCGAGUCGCUGCUGAACUCCGAGGCCGGCCCAGGGGAGCUGAGGGCCGGCGUCGAGGUGAAGCAGGAGCCGCUGGGGCUGGAGGAGUGGCUGAAGAGCCUGGCGGCGGCGGCCCCGGUUACCGGAGGAGACUCUGGCGGUUACGUCAUCAGCAGACCGGUGAAGACGGAGCAAAGUGAGCUCCUCUUCCCCCCCGCCCCCCCCCACCUGCUCUCCUCCCUCCUGCAGGGCGCGUUCCCGAUAGUCAACAUGGGCAGCAGCGUGCACGCGGCAGGAGGAGCCCCCAAACUGUCCCGGGGCAGGCGCGCUCCCGCCAACAAGAGCACCGGCCUGAAGGUGAAGCCGUUCCCGUGCUCGGUGGGGGGGUGCGAGCGGAGGUUCUCGCGCUCGGACGAGCUGAACCGGCACGUGCGCAUCCACACGGGACAGAAGCCCUUCCAGUGCGCGAUCUGCGCGCGCAGCUUCAGCCGCAGCGACCACCUGACCACGCACACGCGCACGCACACCGGGGAGAAGCCCUUCUCGUGCGACGUGUGCGGCAAGAGGUUCGCGCGCAGCGACGAGCGGAAGCGGCACGGGCGCGUGCACGUGAAGCAGCAGCUGCGCGCGCAGAUGAUGGCAGCCUACUCGCUGGCCGUGAACGCGCCCGGCGUGUAA